CUCCCCUCCUUCCUCUCCUCCCUUCCUCCUCCUCCUCCCCUCCUCCCCUCCUUACUCUCCUCCCCUCCUUCCCCUCCUGUCCUACCUGUCCUCCAAGUUCAGGUCCUCAGGUCGCAUCAGGAGGUGAUUCAUGAGUGAGGGGCGCCUCCUGCUGGAGGACUGGCGCCACCACAGUCUGUACUGCAUUAGAAGCAGUAUUAUCAUCAGUAUUAUUUGUAGCCUAGUAUUAGUACUAGGAGUAUUAGUAUUACUACUACAGGAAAUAUCCAUCUGACACAAAGAAGCAGUUAUUGUGUUUGACAGCAGGGCGGGGCUGCAACUGAGCAUGCUCAGUACGCACGCACACAAUCUCAGCAUCUCCUGCUGAUGACAAAGAGUCCUCGGGGAGACGCACCGCGCAUGACCGCGUCCUCCGCUGCAGACACGGGCAGACAGACAGACGGGCGGCCGGUGUGUCUGAGAGGAUGCGCGCGGCGGGCAGCAGCGGCAGCUCGCGCUGAUUGUCGGAUCAGUACCGGGAGGCGGAGCAGCAGCGGAGCGCGAGGAGCAGACCGGACACCAUGAGCUGUAACUGGGGCACCGAGCUGUGGGAUCAGUUUGAUAACUUGGAGAAACACACCAGCUGGGGAAUCGACUUCCUGGAGAGAUACAGCAAGUUUGUUAAAGAGAGAGCUGACAUCGAGCUGAGCUACGCCAAACAGAUAAGGAGCCUGUCUAAGAAGUAUCACCCUAAGAGAAGCAGAGAGGAAGAGAGCAGGUACACCUGGUGUCUGGCAUUUGCGGCGACUCUCCGUCAGCUGAAUGAACUUUCGGUUCAGAGAGAAGAACUGUCUGAAAACCUGAACACACAGAUUGUGUCCGAGCUGACGAGAUACACACAGGAGCUGAAGACUGAGAGGAAGACUCAUUUCCAAGAUGGCCGCCGUGCUCAGCAGCACAUUGAGAGCUCCUGGAAACAACUGGAGUCAAGUAAGCGGCGGUUUGAGCGUGACUGUAAGGAGGCGGAGCGAGCUCAACAAGUCUCAGACCGGAUCGACCUGGACAACAAGGCUGACGGAGAGAAGCGCUGCUCUCUGAAGGCUCGUCAGACGGCUCAACAGAAAAAACAAGCUGCUGAAGAAUCCAGAAAAGACUAUGUGGCCAGUUUAAACCAGUUUAACCAGGACCAGCAACAGCACUACCACACACUGGUACCAGUUAUAUACCAGCGGAUCCAGGACAUGGAGGAGCGACGGAUCGAGAGAAUCUGUGAAGCGAUGCGUUUGUCUGCGGAGGCUGAGAGAAAAGUUCUCCCUGUUGUGAGCAGCUGUCUCGAUGCCAUGAUGGACGCUGCUGAGGGCAUCCAGCCCAGGAUGGACACCCGGCAGGUGGUGGAGGUGUAUAAAUCAGGCUUCGACCCUCCAGGGGAUGUCGAGUUUGAGGACUACAGCGCCACCAUGAGGAGGAGUAUCUCCGAAUCCAGUUACCUCGACAACCGCACCGAGGGCCGGAGACACAGCAGGAAGCUGUGGCCCUUCAUACGGAAAAACAAGCUGUUGACUCUCCUCUCCUCGCCCCGGCAACCUCCCCCUCCACCCCCCACCUCUCCUUCACCCGGGGGCGUAGUCAGUAAUCCGCAUUCCCCGCCCCCUGCCUCGAGAGAACCAAUCACACAGCGGCUGAAUGACCUCAUGACCUCUGGCUCCAGAACCAGGAAGCAGUGUCUGCGCAGCCUGAAGAGAGGGCUGUCGCUCAAACUGGGCUCCGGUCCGGCAGACUGCAGUCACCUUCCUCCUGAACAGAGACGGAAGAAACUUCAGACCAGACUCAACAACAUCAACCAGGAAAUCCAGAGAGAGAGAGAGCAGAGAGACGCCCUGUUGAAGAUGAGGGAAGUCUAUGAACGAAGUCCUCAGAUGGGUGACGCCGGAAGUCUGGAGCCUCGACUGGAGGAAGUGAAACAGAGUCUGCAGAAACUGGAGGACGAGCUGAGGAGGAACCAGGCGUGGCUGUCGGAGGCAGACAGCAGACUGCCUGAUCACAGCGGUAGAAGACAGAGUGGAGGUUGUGGGUUGAAUUCUCAGGCAACGACGCCAGGCAGCAGCAGCCUGAAGCAGCUAGACAACCGCAGUCCAGCCAGCAGAGAGAGUCCUGAUGGCAGCUACACUGAAGACCACAGUGCAGAGCUUCACUUUAAGUCUCGUAGUUCCGAGUUCGAUGACGAAUUCGAUGAUGAAGAACCAUUACCAAGUAUUGGCACCUGCAAGUCCCUGUACCCAUUCCAAGGUCAGAAUGAAGGCACUCUGUCCAUGGUGGAGGGAGAACUACUUUCUGUGGUGGAGGAGGACAAAGGUGACGGUUGGACCAGAGUACGGAGGAACUUGGAGGAGGAGGGCUACGUCCCCACCUCCUACAUUAAGGUCUUCCUGGAAAGCAGCGCCAAAGGAUUUGUGCAGAGUAGUCGGCUAGUCUAGCGCAGUAAUCGGCCCAGAGGACAUCUCGCCACAGGAAGUGCUCUCGGCCAAUCAGAUGACAGACUGUCGAUACGUGAUGGAGGAAAACGUCCGAUUGGUGACUGUGAAAUCAAUCAGAGAUCACAUAUUAGACAUGUCUCAAACACAGAUCAGACCUGGGUUAAUCUGGAUUUACUGUGGAUCCAGAUUAUGGAUCCAGAUGAUCAUGUUAAUGUUUCAUGAAACUGCCGAGUUUCAUAAUCGUAUUCAUUGAUCAACAUAAAUCAUUUAUAUGAAGAAAAGCUGAUGUUCUGAUAACUCGCACGUUUAAACCCAAAACGAUGAUUUUCUCUCUUUGUUCUCUUUAAACAUUUGUUCUGAUGUGAAACUGGGUUUCUGUGAUCGAUCAGUUUAGAUGUUCUUCUGAUUGACUUUAAUCUAAUGGUUAUAAAAAACUUUAUUGAAAAGAAAAUGUGAAAUGGUGGAUGACCAACGAAAGCUUUCACUCACUGCGGUGAUGUCACUGUGGUGUGGUCAAAACCUCUUGUGAGGUCACUCUGGAGAAACUGGAGUUAAACUAAGACUAAAGUUUAAAACGUUCAAACUGAGACUGAAGUUUAAAACAUUUAAACUGAGACUAAAGUUUAAAAUGUUGAAAUAAAGACUAAAAUAUUAAAGACUGAAGUUUAAAACAUUUAAAUU